UCCGGGGUGUCCCUUGGGGAGCGGCGCGAGCUGCUGCUGCUGCUGCUUGCUCCCAGCGCCUGGUCGCACCGGGUCCGCUCCGCCACCCGCACCCGCCGGAGCCGGCGCGGCCCCCAAGUUCUACAUCCAAAAUGAUACCCUGUGGACCAGCUUUGUCAUUUGUUCGGUGUCUGGUGCGGAGGAAAAUUGUUACUCUGGACAGUCUGGAAGAUUCCAAGUUAUGCCGAUGUUUAUCCACUGUGGACCUCAUUGCUUUGGGCGUAGGGAGUACCCUUGGUGCUGGUGUUUAUGUGCUUGCUGGAGAAGUAGCAAAAGCAGACUCCGGACCCAGCAUUGUUCUUUCUUUCCUCAUUGCUGCCUUAGCAUCUGUGAUGGCAGGUCUUUGCUAUGCAGAAUUCGGUGCUCGUGUUCCCAAGACUGGCUCUGCCUAUUUGUAUACUUAUGUAACUGUUGGUGAACUUUGGGCUUUUAUCACUGGCUGGAAUCUCAUUUUAUCAUAUGUUAUAGGUACAGCAAGUGUAGCAAGAGCAUGGAGUGGCACCGUUGAUGAAAUUGUUGGAAAACGAAUUGGUCAUUUUUUCACAACGUACUUCAAAAUGAAUUUUCCUGGUCUAGCAGAGUAUCCAGACGUCUUUGCAGUGUGCCUUAUAUUGCUUCUGUCAGGUCUUCUGUCUUUUGGAGUCAAGGAAUCUGCAUGGGUGAAUAAAAUCUUCACUGCUAUUAACAUCUUGGUCCUCCUCUUUGUUAUUAUUUCUGGCUUUGUAAAAGGAAACGUUGAUAACUGGAAAAUAAAUGAAGAAUAUCUCAUCAAUCUCACCUUAGGAACACAAAAUUAUUCUUACUUUGAAAACAUAACAAGCACAUAUGGGACUGGUGGUUUUAUGCCAUAUGGCUUCACGGGAACGUUGGCGGGUGCUGCAACCUGCUUUUAUGCUUUUGUGGGAUUUGAUUGCAUUGCUACAACUGGGGAAGAAGUCAGGAAUCCUCAGAAAGCUAUACCUAUUGGAAUUGUGAUUUCCCUUCUGGUCUGUUUUAUGGCCUAUUUUGGCGUGUCAGCUGCUUUGACUCUUAUGAUGCCAUACUACCUUCUAGAUGAGACUAGUCCCCUCCCUGUAGCAUUUGAAUAUGUUGGAUGGGAUCCUGCAAAAUAUGUUGUGGCUGUGGGAUCCCUCUGCGCUUUAUCCACAAGUCUUCUUGGAUCCAUUUUCCCAAUGCCACGUGUAAUCUAUGCUAUGGCGGAUGAUGGGUUGCUUUUCAAAUGUCUAGCUCAAAUCCAUUCCAAAACGAAGACCCCAUUAAUUGCUACUUUAUCAUCGGGUGCAGUAGCAGCUGUUAUGGCAUUUCUUUUUGACCUCAAGGCUCUAGUGGAUAUGAUGUCUAUUGGUACACUUCUUGCAUACUCACUGGUAGCAGCCUGUGUUCUUAUUCUUAGGUACCAACCCAGUUUAACCUACGAGCAACCAAAGUAUUGUCCAGAGAAAGAGGUUCUGCCAGGAUCAGAAAGGGAAUCUACAAUAAGUGAAUCGCAGGUUAAUAUGCUACAAAGGAACCGCUUCAGUCUUCAAACACUGAUUAAUCCAUCCAGUCUGCCUACAGAGCAGUCAGCUACCACUGUCAGUUGUUCGGUGGGUCUCUUAGGUUUUCUGGUUUGUGGCUUGAGCAUUCUGACCACAUAUGGGAUUAAUUCUAUUGCCAGUAUGGAGGUCUGGAGUGUGGUUCUUCUCGCUGUGUUAGCACUACUCUUCAUUGUCACUGUUCUCGUCAUCUGGAGACAGCCUCAGAGCCAGCAGCAAGUGGCCUUUCUGGUUCCACUCUUGCCAUUUUUGCCAGCUCUCAGUAUCCUGGUGAAUAUUUACUUGAUGGUACAAUUAAGCGGAGAUACCUGGAUCAGGUUUAGCAUCUGGAUGGCCCUUGGCUUCCUUAUUUACUUUGGUUAUGGUGUCAGACACAGUAUUGAAGGUCUCCACAGAGAUGAGGGAGAUGAAGAUUCUUGCUCAGAACAUAGUGGAUUACAAGAAAAGAGCCCAGUGGAAGAAGCAGAUGAAAAUGAAAAUGCAAGUGAAAGUGCUCAGUUUAUUAUAAAUGAAAGGACAAGUGAAUGUUAAUUUUUGCCUACAACCUUAGCAUGGAUGUCUUUUAAAAUAGCAAACUGUGACUGAAUAUAGUUGCUGAAUGGAAUUGUCAAGCAUUUUCUGCCAACAGAUUAACAAUUUAUUUUCCCAUAUUUUGAAAGUGUCUACCAUAAUGUGGCUGAUAUGUUGGACUAGCUGCUGAGCCAUCUUGGCUCCUUUAUACUCAGUAACAUGAACUUCUCCUUCAAUGAUAACUAAUAUCUCAAAUAAAAAUACAAGGAAGAUAAGAUGAUAAAAAACCUUCCAAAGGGAAGUACACUUUGAUAUGCUAACAUUUUGGAGUGUUUUGUUUGCACCAUCAUAUAAUAGCAGUUGGCAAUCACAAUGUAUAAAAAAAAUGGAAGACAGAGAAGAGGGCUCCGAUCACUUUUCAUUGUGUGGUGAAAACAAGUGCCUUUCAUAUGUUCUUGUUAUCCUUAUACCUGUUAAAAUAUUUUGGUCAGAGUAUAUUGUGUGAACAAUUUCAACCUUCUAUCAUUAUAGUAUUAAAUAUCUUCUUAUUUUUUUACAAGUAACUCCCAUGAUGAUAGAUUGAAUGCAAGACUAAAAAAUAUUUUGCAAUGUCAAUGGCAUGAAUCAAACACUUUUUACAAAGUAGAAUAUCAUAUAUUUAUAUGAAAAUGGUAAAGAAAUAUUUACUUAUCCUUGCCAGUUAGUAGGUAAGGAUAAUUAAGGCUACUAAUAUGCUUAUGAGCCUUAACAACCUUUUGAAAGGGUAUUUAAGAUUUUUCUGCUUAAUGUACUUAUCUUUUUUUCUUUUUCAAUGUUGCUCCAAGUGCUAAAAAAACUCAAAUGCAAAACUGGUGCCAUUUGCCUGUAAAAACUAGGACAUAAUGGGUAUAUCAUUAUUCUUGGAGUGAUACCUUGGUGCUACUGAAUUCAGUAAGAAUUUUGCCAUUGACUUCAGCAGGACCAGAACUUUACCUUGAAUGCCUAAUUAGCACUUAAAUCAGCGUAAAUAAAAACUUCUGCCUUCAUUGCUAAUUUCUUUUUUCUUUCUCAAUCAUAUAUGGGAUCUGAAUUUAUUGGGUGGGAAAGGGGGUGCAGGAUAUUUCUUCUUGUUUAGAAAACCAGGGCGUGUAGUGUCAGAUUUCCUUGAGGAAAGACAGGAGGGAUGGGAAAGCAAAGUGGUCAAGCUUUUAUUUAAAAGCCAUAUUUAGGCUUAUAUUCAGUUUUGCUGAUAGCACUCAAAUGUGAAAUGUACCUGUUUGCACAAUAUUGAGAUUUUUUUCCUACACCAAAACAAAUACAUCAAUAUUUUACUGAUCCUUAAACAAAAUAUCAGUGUCAGCAGAGGAGGCUGCCACAAGCGAUCCUACAUUGACAGUCUAGUACACCUGGGUACGCUCAUUCCAAAGCUAUCUUGUAUGGGGAAGCAGGUCAUGAUUAUAAGGUAGGGCGAAUAAUGAACUUGCAUAUAAUGAAAGAGCAAUUGGUACUGUUCUUUUCAAUGCAGAAGCAAAAAUUCGUAUUACCUAUCAAAGGUACAUAAUCACUUUUUGUGUAUGUGCUUUGUGUGUGUAUAUAAAUAACAGAGGCAUCACUUAUUGCUUAAGGAGGAUAUCAAAAUGUGGAAUUAGUUUGCAAAAAUGGGUUUUUACUCAUUAAAAAUAAGUUUCCUGUAGUAAACAAUGGGUGUUCUAAAUGCUGCCAUUGACUAGUAUAGAUAGGCAUUCUUAUAGUAUUGCUGAAAUAUACUUUGCUGGGAAAAGUCUCUGUUUAUGCUUGUAAAGUAAAAUCCCAGGAAAUGCAGUUUAGAUGGCUAUCUUGAGUGUUAUGCUAGCUAAUAUUAAAAAUCUAUUUUUUAUUUUUACAUCUAGAAUUCUCAGAGCAGAAGGACAAACAUAAUUAUACUUAUGUCUCUCCCUUUGUCUUGUUAGCAGCAUUUGAUUCUUGCUUCUGGUUUUAAAUAAAAGUAAAUCCCAAUUCUGGCAAGCAACUAAGAGACAAAUCUUAGUGGGUGCCUUGGUAGAAAAUGCUUUUUGGUAGAAAGUUAAGAAAGGCAUUGAUAAUAUAUAGGGAAAUAGAUUUUAAUUUUGAGCUUGAUUCUUUGUUUAAUGGUUUGGAUUGGGCUGAGAACAUUUUGCAGAAACUGGAACAGAGGGAAGGAUGGGUUGUUGCUUUUGCACCUAGUGGCCUCUACUGGUCAUUAAGGAUAGAUGUUGUCCCUUACAUUUCUUAACUAGAAGGUGCUUGGUUACCGUUGUGACUCUAGGGAAAUCUCUAGAGGAAGUGUUAGAAGGCAAAAGCCUAAUUUGUUACAUACAUUUCUCUAAGGGAAGCCUGUGGGAAGGAAAAAUACUACCUCUCACCAAGGCUUGGGGAAAAGCUAUUAACAGUUGUUGAUUGUCUUAAAUAUUUGUGUUCACAUUGUAGCAUGGGAUGUUUCUAUGGGGGAAACCACAGGGAAGCUGAUCAGCAAUGUGAAGUGUAUGGUAAGGAAAGAGUAAGGCUAAAGAUGCCUGAAAUAUAUGAUGACAAUGUCUGAAAAGCAAACUACCCAACCAAGGUUGUACAAUAUAUUAGGCCAAAUUUAGGCCUACUGCAAAUGGGUGAAAUUCUGAUAUUUUCAGUGGGAUGAAUGUGCUAGGUAACAGCUUUUACUAUUAACUUUCAGCAAUAUAGAUAUCAAAAUUCAAAAGUCUGCUUACCUUUUUUCUGAAGCAUGUUUUCCAAUACAGGUAACUCUAUGGGAUAGCUUUGCAUUAUAAAACAUUUUUAUUUGGGUAAAGAAGCUAGAGGGUGGUUGGCUUCAAUGGCAAAUCCUUUAUCACAACUUUGAAGAUGUUACUAUAAAGUGGUUCAAAAAGUAGAAAGUUGACUUUGUACUCUUCAUAUUUGUUUCUACAAACUGUAGGUGAAACUGUAAUAAUAUAAUAGGAAACUAAAAUGAAUUUAUGUCUAAUUCAUCACUGAUACUGCAAAAGUGUGUAAAAUCUAUUUUAAUCUGGAUUGUCCAUCCUGUCCUAGUGAAUCAGUCUGAGCUUGGUGGGUGGAGAGACUGCAGAAUAGUGCUCCUGAUAUUUAUAAAAUGUAUAGUAUAAACUCUCACUAGGACUGUUCUGAUUAUUAAGUAAAUAAAUAUCCAACCUGCCAUAAUCCCUAAAAUGUUAGGAAUUAGGAAGAUAGGAUGUAAAACUAGAAAGGACUUCCUGGUUAAUUGAGUCCAAUCCCACAUCAUAUAAUCCCAUUUAUAAGUUUAUCAAGCUCUGUUCUUAAAAUGUAGCUAGGCCAUGAGGGAGGCAGUGGCCCCAGUUUUGUUAUAAAACAUUUUUAAUAGAACUGAUCUUUUCAGAUUGUUAAAAUUAUAAUGCAUCAAGAAUAGUUUUUGAAUGUCAUCACUAUUGUCUGUGACUCGGCAUUAACCUGAAGGACAUCAUUAAAGGAAAACUCCAAUGACUUGUUACACUAUUAUGAAUAAUUAAAUGUUUAGUAGAAAUAAUUAUACAGGAAAUGUCAAGGCAGCUUUUAGAAAUACAGAUCACAGUUUCAAUACCUCCAUUCAAUGUGUGAAACAGAUCUCUGUCUCAGUGAGGUCUGCCAUUUCAAUGACGUUUUUCAGCAGAAGCCCAUUUUGAUGUAGAGUAGGACAGAAGAAUCAUAUUGACCAUAUGAAAUAUUAGAAAUCUAAGACUGUGAAUGCUGUUGCAAGGGAGCUACUGAAAAAAUCAAACUUCAAUUAUUUAAAAAAAAAUACAGAUCUUUACUCAAGACAUCGUGAAAAUCCCAUAUUGCCAAAUUAUUUGAAUUAGAAAAUACGACACUUGCUGCCCUAUGCAAGCAGCACCACUGAUCGAGAUAGCAGUUUCCUGUUAUGUUUUUUUAAUUAUAUUUUAAAUAGUAGUUAGAGGGCCCUCUUGUACAGGACCUGCUGCAGAUUUAGUAAAACAGGGGUGCUCCUGUUUGGACAAAAGGGGCAAAGUAGGGGAGGCCUUUCUAUGUGGAAUGCCCCUGCAGCACAGUUAAGCACAGCUUUCUAACAAUUCUUUGCAUAUCCCUGUAUAAAGAGGAUUGUGUGUGGGAUACAGAAACUAGUUAUUCCAUUGCUUUACAACUACAAAUAUCAGUCCUUGAAACAGGAGUCAAACAGCCUUAAGCUCUGCUGCUUUUAUGUGACAGAAGGAAAGACUCCUUUCCUUUCUUGUACCAAACUUCAUUGUUGGGGGAUGUCUGUAUAGGGGGAGAGGACGGGGGAAGGAGGACUGACUUCAGUCCUUAGUAAUUUAGUCUUUGUAAUGUGAUGCAGCAAUUAGAAUAUUUUUUAUUGCACUGGAAUUUGACUUUAAAGGGAUACUAUCUUUUGACUAAUCAAAUUUCUGACUGAAAGAAAAUGCUACCUACUAUGAUUAUCAAAGGUUUGUACAAUUAAAAUAGUUUAGAGACGAACAGAUCUGUUUUCCAACUUUUUUAAUUUGUGUAUUUGAUAGCACUUUGUAGAGUUUUCCCUUUUGUGUCAGUAUUUCCACAGCAAUACGGGAGAAACUAAGAAAUUAAAAAGAGGACCAUAUGAUUAUACAAAUGUUGUUAAGGGAGGCUCAGAAGUGUAUUACUAGAAACCAUAUUUUGUUUUAGUUGACUUAAUUUCAUGUUAAAGUAACAUCACCAUGUCUCCUCAGUUUUCUUCCUUCUUCAAUGUAAAAAGCAAAUUUAUGUUUGUAUGGUUAAUGGGGGUGCCUUUAUCAGUGCUAGCUGAGUAAUAUUAUAGUAAGCAUCAACUAAAAUAUAUGUGUUAUGUCUCAUAUCCAGUGCAGGCCCAAUCCUGCAAGGUACUGGCUGUUCUGAAUUUCUGUUGACCUUAAUGGGAUUUUUUUUCAGGGUCAGACUACACAAGGGCAGCCACACAAGUUCUUACACAUGAGAGAUGUCCAUGUGGAAACAUGUGAGAAAUGCUACGUACAAAAGUUCAUAUACUGAACUUUCUUGUGUGUGUACACAUGCAUUUCUAUAUUUCCCAGUAAUGAAUGCUGUAAGAUCAAACUUAAGUCCAUAUACUGCUUUUUAAUUUUUUUAACACCAUUAAUGUUGAUUGUAAAUUAUUCAGCUCCAGACAAAUAAUAUAAUAUUUCCAUAAAAUAAUCUCCAUUGUCAGAGAUGCAUAUUUUUUUUAUUUUUGAAGAAAGACAGCAAUAGUAAAUGCUUUAGAUAAAUUUGGAUAUAGGUUUUUAUUAAUAGGUUGUAUGUAAUGUAAGCCAAAUCAUAUUCAAAUAGUUGUUCCCCCAAACUUCUUGAUACAAAAAAUGUUUGCAUAUUCCUUAUUUACCAAGGUUCUCUCUGUUUGAUAUUAUAACUUUAUUACUAAUUCUGCAAUAGAUGGAAAAUAGUACAUGGUACUGUAGAUUUCAUUGACUAUUAUCCUGUAGGUAAUCAUCAUUUUAAACAUUCACUUUGUUUUUAGUGGAUAGAAAAAGUAAUUGUAUUCAUGACUGUGUCACCAUUAGUUGAGGUUUCCCUAAUUUAUCUGCUAAUAAAGUGUCAUGGCAAUAAAGGGCAGGGGACUGUACUGGUAAUAUGGCAUUAGUUAUGUAGUUAGGCUUUUAUUCCUUACAUUUAUUUGGGGGUGACGGGAGGGAAGUAAAACAGCUGUGCUGUGCAGAAACUUCAGGUGCGACCAGGAAGUCUGUUAAGAUAAAAUACACAAUAUAGUUUAUAUAGAUAUUUUAUAUACCUUAGAUUGUGAAUGUAUGUUUAGCCAUCCCUUAAGCCCAAACUUGUGCAUGCUUUGUAAAGGCGGAAUUAUAUCUGCUGUCAUAAAGUGCAGAUUAUUUUCAAAGGGCUUUACAAAGUGCCUAUAUUGGGGGGUAACCUGAGCAUCCUGGGCUAUAUAAAGUAGGUAAAAUUCACCACUGUACAGAAAACCUGCGUGAGACUAUACAUCCCUAAAGUAGUACCCUUUAUUACAACUGAGGCUGUCAGCCCUUAGAUGUAUUUCAUACAAAAUAGAUUUAAUUCCUAUAAAUAUGUUCAUGUGCUAGUUGCGUGAUUUCAAAAGCUUUAAUGAGCUUAGACCCUGAUUCUGCAAAGAGUUACACUUGUGCUUUGCAAAUUACAACGUGCAAGGCUCCCUUUGAGAAAUGUGAAAGAAUGUGGAAGAAUUUGCAGGCUCGGGGCCUUAACUGCUUGUGACAAAACAGGCUGUUCACAUCAGGCAGUGUCCUCAAAUUUGUGUUCUAGUUUCCUGUUGCUUUAACAAUUUUUUGUCCCCUGAAAUAUGCUUUUUGAGAGCCUCUGCAUUUUUCUAGGUACAUUUUCCAAAACUAAAUGAAAUUACUUUGUCUUUCUCCCCCCAACCCCACAAUGUGAUUUGAUUCUAAGGAUAAUUCUCCCACUAACCAAGUUGAAGGACAUUUGGGCACACAUGCAGAAGAGAGGAUUUCUGUGUAUAAAUACAUAUCUUUACUAUUAGUUGGGCAAACACUAAUGUGUUUUAGGUGUUCUCAUUGAGCCCUUUCUCAGGCAAACUCCAACUGAAACCAAUAGAAGUUCAGUGGAGUCAGGAUUAAGGACAACAGGAUUUGACCUGUGGUUCUUGGGAGGAAUAGUUUUUUGCCUUUAGUGGUGAUGGUUGGUAAAGCCUUUAAUAUAUUUAAUACAUUUUAAAAUUCUUUUGUGAGUGUUUAUCAUUUUAAAGAUGUUACUGUUUGUAACUAUUGUAACUUUGCUCUAUCAUGUUUAUAUGUACAUUGUAGUAAUUAUGUCAAAUUUAUUACAGUAUUUGCUGCUGUGCAUUAAAGUGUAGAUAGAAUAAUGAUUGUGAUGUAACUUAAAGUACAUUUUUUUAAUUCUGUAUAAUGCCCGAGUCUGAAAAAUUCUUUCAAUUUUUAAGUAUGUAAAAUAUAUUUUUUAAAUAUAUGUAAGAAUUAAAGGACUUUGUAGUGCUUGGGCUUUUCACUUUCACAACAGAAUAUAAUCAACAAUGUUUGAACUCACAACAGAACUUUUGAUGGAAAUUAUAUUACUGGUGUUUUAUUCACUGUAAGAUGUGCUUCAUAGGAUAACAGUUAUGCAUUUGUUAUAUAUUUUUAAAAUAAAGUUAACAAUUAUUUAAA